GGAGUUUCUAGCAUUUGGAAGCCUUGUGGAGUUUCCUAAACAGGGAAACUCAUGUCUUUGGGCGUUUCCAUACAUCGUGGAGGUGGCAAUGCGCAAAUGGUUGCAUCUGAACAUGGAAGCAGUUGUAUCAAUGUAUGAACAUCACUUUGACUUGAGCACAUUUGAAUGCCGGGUCUUAGAGGCAUCUGGUAAACAAAGAGUCGAAGAUCGUCCAUGGUGGAAUAAACUUGGUAUAAUGAUGAAGUCAGGAACCAGUAUCAUCUCCCUUUCGAGUUGCCAUCAUCAACCAAAUAUCUAUAGCUGCUUAGCGCACCAAAGAACUGAGGUCCUUAAGAGGGUGGAGAUACUACUUCAGUCUUUUCCUUGAGUUGUCUGAUAUCGCCAUGCCCUUGAUAAGGACAUUCAUUGCCAAGGGAUGUUGUUGAACCUCAGAGACAAUGGAGUGGAGCGCAGAAGCUAGCAGCACGCUCAAUAGCCUCACAAAGAUGGAGCUUAAUAGAUGAAUCCCUACAAGAAAUGGUGGUCCUCGAUGAGUUAAACUUAAUCAAUUUACAGUUAGGCAAAAGAAGGGUGGUCCUCGAUGAGGUAAGCCCUUCAAGAAAUGGUGGUCCUCAGUGACCCUAUUUAUUAUAUUUGGAUUUUAAAAUGGUUUUUGAACCAAAGAUAGGGUUGAGAACACUAGUAUGAAACUUAUUAUGGAAUAUGUAACUUUCUCUUUGUAUAGUUGGUAGUGUUGACUAGGAUGAAUUCAAUCAACACCAGCUGGCUACUAAGUAUCAACCAAUGGGAUGUUGUUGAACCUCAGAGACAGUGGAGUGGAGCGCAGAAGCUAGCAGCACGCUCAAUAGCCUCACAAAGAUGGAGCUUAAUAGAUGAAGCCCUACAAGAAAUGGUGGUCCUCGAUGAG